CUGAACCAGCAAGUACAGCCACUAUCACUUCUGCUCAGUUCUUCAGUUUUACUUGAGCUCUCUAAAAAGUAAUGUACUGGCUAAUAGGACUCAUUUUCUUCUAUCAUGCCACAUCUUCAGAAAAACACUCCCUGACGUUUUAUCUCAUGGUUUCCUCUGGAGUCUCAAAUAUCCCAGAAUAUGUUGGAUAUACAGCUGUUGAUGAAGUUGUGAUGGUUUAUUAUGACAACAACAUAAAAAUACCACAACCCAGACAAGACUGGGCAAGAGAAAUAAAAGAGAAAAAUCCACAACAUUGGGAAGGACCUACCAAGAAAUGGCUAAAGUAUCUUCCUACUUUCAAAAAAGAAGCUGCCAGUAUAAAGGAGCAUCAAAACCAAACUGAAGGUGACAUUGUCCAGCAGAUUCUGGGUUGUGAAUGGGAUGAUGAGCUGAACAAAGUUGAAGGAUACAAAACUUACAGUUUAAAUGGAGAAGACUACAUUAGGCUUGACACAGAAACUGCCACAUGGGUUGCUCUAAGUCCAAAGGCUGAAAUCACUGAAAAGGAGUGGAAUAAAAAGGAGUUCUUUGGUCAAUCAGAAAAGGACUUCCUCACAAUUAACAUAUUUGAAGAUCUAAAAUUGUAUUAUAAUUAUGCGAAAAAUUCUCUGCAUAGAAAAGUUCUUCCCUCAGUCUCACUACUUCAAAAGACCCCUUCAUCUCCAGUGAGCUGCCACGCUACAGGUUUCUAUCCUGACAAAGCUGGUAUAUUCUGGAGGAAAGACGAGAAAGAGCUAAACGAAGAUGUGGAAUAUGGAGAAAUCCUUCCAAAUUUUGAUGGGACCUUCCAGAUCAGCGCUAAUCUGAAUAAUUCAUCAGUCUUAUCUGAAGACUGGAAUAGAUAUGACUGUGUGUUUCAGCUCUCUGGUGAGAAAAAUGACAUAAUCACCAAACUGGACAAAAUGGUGACCAGGACCAAUUGGGGGAAAACUGAAACUGGAAACACAAAAGAGAAGUCAUCAGACCCGAUGGUUGCCAUCAGCGUACCAGUUCUUGCUGCUGUUCUUGCUGCUGUUGUGAUUCUCAUUGCUGCUGUAGUAUUUACUGUUCACAGAAGAAAGAAAGCUCCUGACAGCAUACAUGAGCUCUCACAAAGACUAAAUCCAGAGAAUAGCACAUCAAAUACAGCACACUCCAGGACAUCAAUUGUUGACAGUCCCAGCUAAACAACAAAAUUAAAUUUAAAGUGUUUCAAGCUUCUUCAUGUACUUUGCAUUUUAGCAUCACAAAUAUUAUAAAAACAUAUUGAACCUAGAUGGAAACGCCUAUUUUUGUAUUCAGUAGUUAAUUUAGGGCUUCACCUGUGAAUGAGGUGAAACUAAGUUGAAAUAUUAUUUGGAAUGAGCCUUUGAAGCAACUCCAAACUGAAGGCCCUGCAGUUGGAAUCCCGAGCAGAAGAACACCAUAAGAAGACCGUUACUUCUCCCAUCGGAAGGAACUGUAGGUAGCCUUCAACAGAUUUGUUCACUUUUGUAAUGAUAUAGUCAACCACUCUCUACCUGGAACAGACAGCACACAAUCAUUCUCAAACUCAUUAAGCUGCCUGGAAGCAGUGUGGAGAAGAUCCAGAGAAUGCAUCCUAGCUGCUGCAUCAACUGGGUAACAGCCUUUGAUGGAAGAUGUAUGAUGGUGUGGCAUCUGUCUUACUGGAAGAAAAAGGUUUGUUCUAAUUGGAGGCAAUCAACAUUGCACCCAGGGAUAUUUCCCACAUGUUAACAGUCUGGGACCAAACUCUGUCCUUUAAGAUGUCAAUGUUCGCUCCCACACAGCAAGGUUUAUGAGAAUACCUUUGGAUUUUUAAGUGGGAUGGAUUGAAUGCCCUGCCAGCAGUCCUGACCCCAUUGAACACUUGUGGGAUCAGUUUGGCCGUGUUGUUCAAACUAAAAAGACUAAUACAACAGAAUUGACUGAGUUAUAAAUGCUGAUUGAAGAAUGUGAUGACAUCCCACAGCAGUAUGUGACCUAGUUGGUGACCAGCAUAAGGAGGAAAUGCAGGCUAAUGCGGCUGAAGAUGUAAGCUUCCUUUGUGCAAAUCUGUGCUGUUGUUUUGCUCUUUCAUUAGUUUGGAGUUCUUUUACUGUGUAAAGACAGUAAACAGUGGUAGAAAAUAGAAAAUUUGGAUGUACUGAGGGUAUAGGGUAAGAACGCUGUCAAAAACAAUGUGUAAGUAAAGACGGAAAUGUGUGCAUAUUAGUCAAUAGUUGUGCAUAAGUAAAAUCCAAAAGAGGUAUUGUAUAUUUCCUCCAGAAGAAUACAAAAUAAAAUGUUACAGCUUCAAGAAAUUACAAACACAAAGUACCUGGCUUUGUACCAUAGUUUCUUGUAGUUCCCAACCAUCUCCCCUUUGUUCCUAAUAUUCCUUUUAGACUGAAUCAUCUCCCAUUAUCUUUUUCCGUCAUCCAAUCCCGACACUGUUCACUGGCGGUGAGGAGUGUGACAGCAUAUGCGCAACGUGAAUCCACUAACUCCGUGCUCCACUAACCAGCCUGAGAUCACGUGACGGCAAGUCGCUGAUGUAAAUUCGUAUUCUCAUAGAAAAGAAAUCGUAUUCACAAACUGUUGUAGCAUAUUGUAUUCAUAAAGAAUAAAC